GGCUCAUGCGAUCCUCGAUGCGCUUUGGCCCCACUUCGAACCUGGUUCUAUACGUCGAUGGAGGACAGGCUGUCGAGAAGCAGCACACAGCCGAGAUUCGCAGGGCUUCUCGGGAAAAGGCAACUGUCCAAUGCACGAAAGGCUUGGACGAGCUCGAACGGCACAUCAACAACAACCUCAACCGCGGAAGCGCCAUUUCACCGAUGUCAGGACCAGUCUGGCCGCUACAUUCUACUGGACAUCGCUUAACCGUCAAGCAUUCCUCACAUACAUGAUGCAAGCUGUCUGGACAGUACGGAUCUGCGAUACAGAAGCGGACCUGGCGAUUGCCACUGAUUGCGGACCCGAUGAUAUCGUCAUCUCCGCUGAUAGCGAUAUGUUGGCCUAUGGUUUCGUCUGUACUCUGUGGCGUCCCAUUCCGAAAUACCUUGUCCUGGUGUACAAGCUCGCAGAUGUUUGUCAGCAACUUGGAUUGUCUCGAGAUCAUCUCACUGCCCUCGCCGUGGUAUCAUCGAAUGACUACAACAAGAACAUCUAUUCACUCGGCCCGGCCACAAACUACUCCAUCAUCAAGAGUCUCAAUGCGCAGGAGUCCAUCGUAACUGCAUACCUGGGCCACAUUACAGUCUCGACCAAGAACACAACGGGCGAGACAUUCGAUGUCGCUUUGCGAGUCUUUGUGGACAAGAAACAGACUCUUGUCGACCCCUAAAACGCCCCUACACCUGGCCUCUCAUUCAAUGAUCUCCGUAAGAGGUUCGGAGACCUUCGUUCCCGACAUGAGCAACUCAAGAAAAGUCGUCCGCCCGAGAGAAGCACCUCCAAGGAACAGAUUGUGCGUCUAAGAUCAUCUCAGACCCCAAAUCGUUUCAAAACGGUUGAGUCGCCAGCAUCAAAACACUCUAGUGCAUAUAUCAAGACUCC